UGUAAUAGAUAGGCGUCCUGCACAUUUGUUUUGCAAGGAUGCCCCACGCCUCACAUUCACUGUAGUCCAUGGGCUGUGUACGUGUUGCUCUGUGGAAAACAGGACACAAUUUCCGUUUCUAAAGUUAAAGUAUCAUCAAUGCAAAGAGAAGACUCAGGCGAAGACUAAGAUGGAAAAGUAUAGGCGGUCCAUAGGACGAUGGCGACUACUGGCGUUCGUCCUCCUGUUGUGUGCUCUUGGUCUGUUGGUGGGAAUCAUCAUUAUAUCCUUCGUCAAGAACAGGCAAUUAGAAGACCAAAAGAUGCCAUACUGUUCUGGUAAAGAGGAUAUCAAUCUAGAACAGCCAGAUGACCCGUCGGUAUUCCACGAUCUUACUGCAGUUGAGAUUGGUGGACUCAUGGAGUAUCUUCAUUCACAGAAAAGUCUAAAUUUAGUCGAGCCUUCAAAAGCACGAGUGAACAACAGCUAUUUGUAUCUAGCAGAGAUUUAUGUUCCAGCCAAGGUUAAGGUACUGAACUAUCUAGAUAACAACGGAGUUAAGCCUGAGAGGGAGGCUAUUGUCACAAUAUUCAGGGGAGAUAAGCGACCUCCUGUCGUAGAAGAGUAUUUAGUUGGUCCUCUCCCGAAUCCUAGCCACUUGAAAGAAGUUCCGGGUCGUCGACAGAAUAUUCCGUUCAAUCUUCGGCCACUGAAUGGGCCAGAAUUGGGGUCUCAGAUAGCUUUCCUCGAGGAAACCAUUCACAGAACCUUAUAUGACCUAGUUUUAGAGAGUUUUGGCGGCAAGUUCAGAGACUGUGGAGAUAAAUGUUUGACAAUGCAAUUUCCUGCCCCCUUUUCGCCUGCUGUUUCCGGUGUGCCUCACGGGAGGAAAACAUGGUUUACUAUGUUUCGUACGAUAGACUUUUUUGUUCUCCAUCCCCUUGAUUUUGCCGUUCUAGUUAAUUUUAAUCAUGACACACAAAACACAGAGGUAGAAGCGGUGUGGUAUAAUGGACAAUCACUUAGUACCUUUGAGGAAUUGGCAGCUGGCUAUUCAGACGGGUCUGUGAAAAAGAUGAAAGUUCCUUAUCCACUUGAAAAUGACAACACAUUCUCAAAAUUGAAGAGACGUGGUCCAGCAUUUCAAAAAGAGUUCAAGAGAGAACCGUUACAAUUUGAACCUGACGGAAAGAGAUAUGCUAUACAUCACAACCACGUGGAGUACAUGGGAUGGAAGUUCUACUACAGAAUGUCUCCCGUCUCUGGUCCACAGAUCUACGACGUCCGCUUCCGGAAUGAGAGAAUCGCUUAUGAAAUCAGUCUACAGGAAAUAGUCGUCCUUUACUCUGGUUUCAAACCGGGCCCGAUGUUUCCGGACUAUUUUGACAGUUGCACCCUGUUAGGAAUUCAGGAUAAAGGUCUGGUGCCAGGCGUAGACUGCCCAGUACAUGCCACAUAUAUGGAUACAUCUUUUGUCCUGGAGUCAUCAAAAGAACCGGUUACAUUUAAGAACACCUUCUGUCUGUUUGAGCAAAACACCGGAUACCCGUUGAGGCGACACCAGUCUCAUUCCGCCGGGUAUGGUGGUUUUUAUGAAGGCAUGCCAAACGUAGUUCUUACACUGAGGUCAGUCUAUACUGUUGUGAAUUAUGACUACAUAUUCGACUUUUUCUUCUACCAGAAUGGAGUUGUGGAAGUGCGUGCUAUGUCGACAGGGUAUAUAUUACCUAAUUUCCAUACGGACCAAGAAGCGCCCUACGGAGCACAGGUACAUGAUGACAUUAACGGAAACCUACAUACCCAUCUCUUCAACUUCAAGGUAGAUGUGGACAUUAAAGGAAAAACAAACCGAUUCGCUACAUGGGACAUUGCUCCAACCUCGGCGCCCAAUGACUACUCCGCAAAACCAAACGCUGAAUAUCACAUGACAACGUAUUCUCGUGAUGUCAAGGACACAGAACAGGCAGGCGCAUAUAAAUUCAACUUUGAGACACCAAAGUAUCUUCUCUUCUACAGCGAACAAGAAAAAAACGCUUAUGGAAAUCCAAAAGCAUACCGCCUUGUUAACAAAGGAAUGGUAAAGCAGCUAUUCAGUGAGGGCGAAGGGAACGAGCCGGCGGCCAGCUGGUCGAGGUACCAAGUGGCUGUCACUCAGUACAAGGAAUCGGAAAGAAGGAGCAGUUCCGCGUAUGCCUACUCGGACUCGUCCGAUCCCGUGGUACAGUUUCAAAGUUUUAUUGACGACGAUGAAUCCAUCAAAGACGAGGAUUUGGUAGCCUGGGUAACCAUGGGUUUACAUCAUAUCCCACAUACCGAAGACCUUCCCGUCACACAUUCCGCGGGGAUGGACCUCAAUUUCUACCUUCUUCCUUACAACUACUUCUCUGAGGACCCGGCCAUGGCUUCUAAGAGCUCAGGUCCGUAUAGAACUCAAGGACAAAACUAUACCACAGGACGGAAUCCGGGUUAUAAAGUACGGACCUGAGGAGGAUAAGCAAUGUGUAGCGAAAAAUAACCCAUACUUUGAAAUGUUAAAGAAGAAUCCAGGGAUGAUGGUUGAUGACGGAAGUGGUUCAACGGCUAUAUAAUCUCUAUAUGUGGAUGGAAGUUAUAAUCAACAGUAUUAUAAUACUAGUGUCAUGUAGUGCAAUGUUUGUGAACUCGUUGAGUGUACAGCAUAUAUCGGAGAGAGAAAUUAACUUGAACUUCUUGCACAUCGAGCGUGUAAGUAAUAUUACUAUGUAACGAGUUAGUCAUCCUCGUCUUGAGAAUAAAUCAUGAUAAACGGCUUUAUAAAAGCCACGUGAUCGUAAGGAAGUUUUAUGCUCGUGAAGCAAGUGGUUGUAAUGCAAGUUGCAUCUGGGGCGAUACUUGAGAAAGCUGUAGAAUGUUCAGUUUCUUUCGGAGAUAAAAAGUAACACGAACUUCUUACAGAUUGAGCGUGUGUGUAGUACUGUUCUGUAAUGAAAUAGCCGUCAUCGUCAUCAGUAUACCACUGCAGGAAAAAAAGUGUAAACCAUUAUAAGAAACCUGAUCCUUAAGUUGGUUAAGUAUGAAUGUGAGUAAAAUUUUGCAUAUCACAAAAAGUGUUGUGAUCAACAAAAGUUUUCACAAACAAACCGUGGGUUUUCCUCAGUUUUGUCAAAUAUUGAAUUACUGGGACUACCCUAACCAUACUUAAGGAAAUCUUACUAUCGUCCUAUUUAGUUUUCAUCCUUGGUAUGCCCUUCGAGAUAAAAUUACCUGUCAAGAGUACAGCAUAAUACAGAAAUGCACAUCAAAACACCAAAGUAAUUACAUGUAUAUUAUUCAGUUUUCACAAUCAUAGAUUAAGCAAAUGAUAAGUUACCUUUUGUUUACUUUGACAGUCAACGUAUUAUGUUUUACAAUAUCACCGUCCCAUUAUUAAUGUCCUAUGUACACUACAUUUUGUGUUGCAUAUAACAAAUUGUAAAACACUUCUACACAAACUUUAGGCAGGUAUAUUAUCGGUCAGUUAUGUACCUCUUCUGUUGUUAUUGUCCAUUCAUUUUUCAUUUUUAAAUGUUUGAAAAUAGUCGCAGUUCUCUUUCAUUAUUUAUAAGUGGUGUCAAUUAAUCAUAAACAAGUCCAAAUUUAAACUAUGAAUAUUUAAUAGAACUGAUAUUUCUUUGGACAGUUAUCCAAAGUCACAAAAUCCGGAUUAUUUCCGGUUAUGAAUAUAUCGUAUGUGUAUAUUACCGUACCAUUCCAUACUAAUGAACUAAUAACCUCUUGUAUCAUAUUAACAAUAAAACAAUAUAUAUCAAAAG